GGGGGAGAAGGGCGGGGCUUCGCGCUUCCCACCCGUGUGAGGCCGUGGUGGCGGUUGUUGGGGUUGGGGUCGCGCGGGUGAGUGAGGCGCGUAACGGUCGUAACGGCUCUCCGAGCGCUGAGGGGACGGGCGGGCAGCGGCGGCCGCCGCGGGGAAAAGGGGAGAUCCUGGGGCGAGCAGAGCUGUCCUCCGAGCGCUGGGAGCUUAGGCCUUGCCGCUCAGCUCGCGUUCCCGUGGGGUUUCAGGAGCUCUCGCCCCUCCCCAUAGCUUUUAUCACGGCGCUGAGAUGGAUGUCACGUCGUGCUGCUGUCUCUUGUAGUGUGUGCAGCAUAGGAAGACAAUCCAAAGACUUCUCUUUGCUGAGGGCUCUUCCUUUAAUGGGUGCCACCAGGGUUCUGAGAGUCUGGAUGUCUUGAAGGAUCUGCUGCUGAGGGUUUCUGGUUCAGAAGGUCGUUACCUUCGAGACGCAGCUGCUGGCAGCCACACUGAUCAAAAGCAUUUCCAAGACUUCGGUUCAACGCAGUGAUGUCUUCCCCUGAAAUUGCUUCUCUGUCCUGGGGGCAGAUGAAGGUGAAAGGCUGCUCUACAACAUACAAGGACUGCAAAGUAUGGCCAGGAGGAAGUCGGACCUGGGAUUGGAGAGAAACUGGGACUAAUCAUUCUCCAGGAGUGCAGCCGGCUGACCUUGAAGAAGUUGUCAAGAAGGGUGUUAAAACUCUCGUGAUUGGCCGUGGCAUGAGUGAGGCUCUGCAGGCAGGCCAGAAGUGUUGUGUCCUGCUCACCAAGUUCUGCUGCUUGCACCAACUCCCAGCAGUAACAACCCAUGCCCUCUCCCAGCUGUCCCAACUCCAGCACAGCUGUACAGGGCACAUCUCAGGAUGUAGCCUGCGGCAACUGGCAGUUCCACUUGGAGAUUCAUUUCCUACACCAGGACAACAGCACUUCACAAUUAUUUUUGCUUUUGCUAAGCAAACAGAUACCAAUGCACAAGUUUCAGAGAAUUACAAAAGUACAGAUUUAUGUGCCUAAGCAUUUACAUAGUAAAUAGCUUCAGCAGAAAACCCAGAGGCCAGAAAGAGACUUUGGCUGAAUGCAGUUAUUGCUGGAAUGCUGACUGAGAAUUGUCUUCAUUUGUUGAUUCGACGUAGAAAAAACAGUGUUUUCUUGCAACUGUCAUGAAUUAUCCAAGUAACUCCUCUAUUGGUCUACCUGCUGUGUAUCGGAGGAGCCCAAUUGUUCUUCAUCAGCUUUACUUUUAUGGUUGACACCUGGUUUCAGUACCUUGGAACACAGAAUAUUGUUUUCAAUUUUAUCCAAUAAUCCCAUAACGGUAUUUCUUGUUGUGACAGACUUCACCGCCUGGCAGGUUUGGGCAUUAUGUACACUUUGACAGGUUUGCUGAAGGGGAUGGUCCCCUCGAUGCCAUUUUCUGGCUGUGGCAGAGCCUCCAGGCUCUCAUUCCAGGUGGAUUUGGCAAUCUUGGUGGCUGCCUUGCUCUUGUUGGAAUUGUAGGCCAGCAGCAGUCGCACUUCUAUCUGACACGGCUCUGAAGGGAAAAAACAGAACAAACCAAACAUGGAAUCACAGAGAUUGAAAAAGACCGCUAAGAUCACUGAGUCCAACCAUCAGCCCAUCACCGCCAUGCCCACUGACCAUGUCCCCAAGUGCUGCCAUCAUCAGCAAGCAAUGCUGAAUGUUUGAUCACACCAGAUGGAGCACAAUAAAUAACCUUUUCCCACAGUUAUACAGCAGCUCACCUAACAACUCCCUAAAAUUCAUCAUUUUGCCACAGCAUCAGCUUUCAGUCACCUCCUUCUGCUUCUGCUAUGCAACAGUUAAUCUGUAUUUUGUGUUUGGAUGUCCUCCUUUGUAAGCAUAUACUUUCCUUUGUGGUUUUAAUUACCUCAAUUCAUGAAAAAGAAAUUAAUUUGUUCAUUUUGUCAUCUGACCCUGUCCUCUCCCAGCUUGAUGUCCUCACCACUUGUGGAACGCCUAAGCACCAAUGUCAAAGUUCUUAAAUAACUGCUAAGGGAGAGACCAGAACAAAAUCCCAUAGGCCCGCAUUUGAAAUGCCCUCCCAGUGCACACUGCAAAAGCAGAAAUAAGGACCUAAUUCAGCUCCUGCUACAGAAUCAAGUUUUAAAUCCUGAUGCUCCUGACUGUAGGAACAAUACCAUUUUCCUUCUCCAGAACUAAAAAGAUAAGCAGGGUGAACAAAUACACAACAGAGGUGCUACAUAAAAUGGAGUAACUGAAAGGGAACACGGCACUGAAAAAAAGAUCCACUAAUUAAAAAUGUAGAUCACCAAAUCCUAUUAAACAGAAAAAAGUACUCAAAAAAUAUAUAUACCCCACACUUGAACUAUGUGAAGGGUUUAAAAGAAAAUGGGAGAAAUGGAGCUGCAGAAAAAUAUAUUCUUUGCUUUUGUUGUCUGAAGCCCACAAACCAAUUACUGCAGCGCUUUCACUGAGAAGUGUGAAUGCCAUCCAUGACUGAACACGGAUGUGGGAGUCAUCAGAGAUACAGGGAGGUUUUUUAGGGCAUUCAAAGGGUGAAAGUUUAAUUAGCAGUGAAAUUAUGCUGUUGAGUACACACAGUUCCAAAGGUUCUCUGCCAUGCUCAAAUACCUGUCAGAUCCAAAACAAUGAACUACAAUGAACCAGUUCACCACGACUCCUUGCCUUUAAAUGAGGAUGCAGGCCUGACUCCUCUAACGAAUUUUGUUCUGCACAGCUAUGGGUAACAUGCUCCAUUUAAAAGCUUCCAGUGCUGGAAGACUGCACGUGCAGUCCAGGGCACACAGCAAGGGCCUUCUCUUUAGGACAGCAGCCCCUCUAUCACCUGCAGGACACCACACCCUGUCAAGCAAGAAGAUGUCCCUGACGUAGAUGCAGGUGCCCCUGCUCAAUGCAGGGGAGUUGGACUAGAUGACCUUUAAAGGUCCCUUCCAAUUCAAAGAUCCUCUGAUAAGAUGCAACUGCUCAGAGGCUGUAAGAACAGAAACUCGAGUGAUGCUAAGGGAAGAUCAACACCCCCUGUACACCCCGUGAUCCUCAGAGCUGCCAAGACUGGACACACAAGAGAUGGGAAUCACACACUCCCAUCUUUCAAAUGUGUAGCAACACAAUCCCAUGAACUUGUACUGAUAACAUUACCUGUCCAGGCUGUGUGUGAGAGGUAGACCUGAGUUAUCAGUCUGUGCCUUCCAGGACCAGGAUUUCUGAAGUCAGCUGGCUUAGGAUGGAUUAACUGUGCUUGCCCAUCUGGAUACAAUACCUAUCAAAAAAAUAAAUAACAAAAAUAUAUGUAUGACAACUGAACUGGGCUUUUGUACAACAUGCAGAAUUCUGAUGCUUUCUGUUGAAGCUCCAAAGGCAGGAAGCUGUGCUUUAAGCUCAGAGUCAGGAGCCCAGUUGAUCUAGAUUUAAAGACCACACGAUUCUGCGUUGGUCAUUUAAACCCAUGGCAUGCAGGAAAAGGUAUCACCUUCUUCCUCUACACUGUCAAGUUUUCAGUUUCUCUGCUGAGCAGUGCAUCUGCAUAUUUACUUGAAUCAUACCAUACCCUUCUUAGCUGCAGCUUAGUUGAUGGUAAUGAUUCAACAGCAGAAAGAAAACAGUGUUAAAUAUGGAGAGCCAAAGGCAUGCCAACUUCUGUACCAUUCAGAACACCUUCUUUUGCUCCUUGCCCCAAUACAAGCUGGCGGAUGUUCACUCCUAUGUUUGUCCUUAAGUCCAUAAUGUACCCAGUACAUGUAUGAAAGCAGUGUAGCACACACAGAGCACAGAAUGCUUUCAAAGAGCUCAAAGCAAACUCCCAGGAACAACAGAAGUGAGCCCAGUGCACUAUACACAAGACAGUUUUGCAUGUGAGGUUACACCGCAGAAAUCCAAGAGUGUUAAGGUGUACAGCUGUUCACAAUCAGGAAAUAUUGACAUCCUCGUGAAAGGUUCCCCCCAAAACAAAAUCUUGUUUGCAUUUAUGCCAAAUGGCUGCUUACCUGAACUUUAACGGUUCCUUGGGGAUCCUGCACAUGUUCCAGAGUUGCAUCUACAUCCAAUGCCACCACUAACCCUGACGUAAACCUUAGGGGGUUAUCUGAUUCACCGGUUGGCUCAAUGAUGUUUGCACUAGCUCUAUGGAGCUGGAAGAGGCAAAGUUGUUGAUGAAAAUAAAGGAGAGGAAAAAUUAAAAAAAAAAAAAAGGAAAAAAAGAAUCAAGGUUGUUCUUAACAGAGGCAUUAACUCUACAUCAUUUUACAUACAGCCAAGAAUUACUAUCUUGAAUUUUAGCCAUAAUCCCACAGAUGCUAGGUAAGGAGAAGCAAUCACCUGAAGAAUCAACGUUUGCAACUGAGCAGAAAGCUCGAGUAUAAAAGCUCUGUGGUCUGUCAGGAACUACCUGGCAGCCAAAGACAGUCUGUAAGGCUAUUGCAUUCUAAACUGACCCGCUCUGGAAGAGGAAGGUGGAGAAAGGUACUUUGUCGCAGUGUUGUUUGAAGAAUCUUGACCACUUCUGAAGGCUUGGAUGUCACCAGUCUGGGCAUUAAGUCCAGCAGUUUAUCUACAAAACUGCCCUGCAUUUGUGGGAGCUCAGAGAUGAAACAUCUGUAUUUAAAAAAUAUAUAUAAUUAAAAAAAAUGAAGUACUUAUUUCAACAUU